AGAAGGGCCCCUUGUGCCUGUGUUGUGGCGUUGCCAUGGGUUGCUGGGCAAGCACUCCUCCCUUCCUGGCUCCCUCCCGCCCUCCGGGCUCUGACUUAACCCGGGAGUGUCCUCCUGUGAGCACGUGCUGAGCGCCGGGCGGCUGAGUCACCCCGGGAGAGGGGACAAUGGGGCUCCGCGCGCAGGAGCCUCCUACUGGGACAGGCACUACGGGGCGCAGAUGUGGAGAGGGAUGCUGGUCAGAAAGGGGUCCCCGCCCCAGGCUCUUUGGCCGCUGCCCUGUUCUCUUCUUGUGAAGCAUGGCUCUUCCCUUGUGAGUCUCUGAGGCCGGGGAUGUGGGGAGACCUUGAGGCCACUGCGGGGGCGGCUGCUCGGGAGUCAGGCUCCGGGCCCACAGGAAGGAGUGCAUCAUGACUCCAUCGCCUCUCCUUCAGUCUAAACAAGGACAACUAUUUCCGCUCCCCGCGCAGAGCUGGGGUGGGGCUUGGCUGACUUCCUCAACUCAGGGCUGCCUGAGCACAUGGGAGGGGGGCUCACCACCGGGCAUCCAGCCUUCCGACCCUGCUGGCCCUGCUGGCCGAAUCCAGUCCUCAGGGGCUUGUCCCCGGCUGGCCACACCCCUUGGGCUGCAUUUCAGGGAUGCCAGAGGCCAUGACUCCUCUGUCAGAUCUGACACCUCCUCCCCUGACCCGCUCUGGGAGAGCCAGGACUGCCCGCUCCCACCUAAACCCAAUCUGGGCCCUGAGAACCGCGCUUCCCUUCCUGGCCUGUGUUAUGAAGUUGCCAUGGGUUGCUGGGCGAGCACUCCCUUCCUGGUUCCCUCCCUUGUGGAGGGGGGUUUCCCAGACCUGGCUAACCUGAUCCGAACUCUGUGCCUGUGGGGGAGGGGCAGGGAGGGUGCUGGUACCCUCCGAUUCCGCUGAGGGCCCCUCAGAAGGCUGAAGUUUCCCCGAGGCCUGUGGGAGCUGGGCGGGGCCUCCUUAGGCCAGGCUCCAGUUUCCUUGGAAACCCACAGGCUUCCCACCCUAGUCUGCCUGGGCAGGCUCCCAGCCGGGGCCUCAUUUGCAGCUCGCUUCUCCUCCCCCAUUUAGUCUGCUCCAGCUUGGCCUCCAGCUUGGCCCCUCCCUGAGGAGCCUCUGGCCUCCUCCACCAGCCUCCGAUGCCUUCUUCCGACACCUGGGCCUCUCCUGCCCCAUCCCUAGCAGCUUCUCAGCAAACAGGCCUCCCACACUCCUGCCCCUCUCUCUCCGGCCUUUCUAGCCUCUUUACGAACUGUGAGGCCUGGCCAGGCCACCCACUGCCUCCCACAUACAGACCUACAACAGGCCUGCUAGGCGAUUUCCCUCGCUCCCCUGCCCCGGCCCAUCCAUGGAGCCCCCGGGACCGGUGCACGGGGAAGCUGAGCCCUUUUCCAAAGCUCUCCGCAGCCUCGUCAACAACCGCCUGUACAGUGAUGUUCGCUUUGUGGUCGGUCAAGAGCGGCAGGAGGUGUUUGCCCACCGGUGCUUGCUGGCCUGUAGAUGCAACUUUUUCCAGCGACUUCUGGGCCCAGAGCCGGGCCCUGGGGUGCCCGGCCCAGUGGUGCUGAGCACCGUGCCCGCGGAGGCCUUCCUGGCAGUGCUGGAGUUCUUGUACACCAACAGCGUCAAGCUGCACCGCCAUUCUGUGCUGGAGGUGCUGACCGCCGCUGUGGAGUAUGGGCUGGAGGACUUGAGAGAGCUCUGUCUGGAGUUUGCAGUGAAGGUGCUGGAUGUGGAGCUGGUGUGUGAGGCCCUGCAGGUGGCUGUCACCUUUGGCCUGGGACCACUGCAGGAGCGGUGCAUAGCCUUCAUAGAGGCCCACAGCCAGGAAGCGCUUCGGACCCGUGGCUUCCUGGAGCUGUCGGCGCCCGCGUUGCUGCUCCUGCUGCGCAGUGACAAGCUCUGCGUGGACGAGGCUGAUCUGGUCCUGGCGGCCCGGAGCUGGGCGCGCGUGGGAGCGGUGGAGCAGAUCGUGGAGGCGUGGAAAUGCCACGCUCUGCGAAGAGGAGAUGCGGCCCGGGGUGCCACGUGCCGCCGCCGGAGGGGCACCCUGCCCCGGGAGCAUCACCGCUUUCUGGACCUGCCCUUCAAGUGACUAAAGGCCAGGUCUCGCGAGGAAGGCUGGGCCUCUCCUGAACUACAACUCCCGACAUGCUCGGUCCUCUGAGCGGGCUUCCGCUCCCAGCAUGCUCGGCGGGUGGGGCGCGGGAAGCACCGGGUGGGCGGGGCGCAGAGCUCUGUGGGCGGGGCCGAGGAGGGCGGGAAGGGCGCGGGCGUGAGCUGGGCCCGCCCUCCUGGCCACGCGAAAAACCGAAAUCGUUUUCCCGGGCACCUUAUCCUAACUGGGCCCCGGGCCUCGGGCGCCUUACCCUAACUCUGCCCCGGGCCCCGGGCCCCGGGCCCCGGGCACUCUCACCCGCCCCAUUUGCGCUUGUGCUUCUCUGCUCAGCCCCUUCGAUAUUUCCACACCUGCCUCCUGGAGGUCGCUUUGUAAAUGGCUCACGGACACCAGACACCGUUCAAAACUGAGCUUCCUCCUCUUUCCCUAGUUCUGACCGUGGUUUCUCACCGCCGUGAGUGCCAAGCCCGAAGCCGGGGUCCCCCGGCCUCACUCCUCUUCCCGGCUGCUUCCGCUGCCUUCUAAGGGACAAGGGCAGGGAGUAUGCCAAGCCCAAUAUGCCUUUUGGACAUAAGGGUUAUUUUAAGCUGGAUAUUUUGAGAAACAGGAGAAGUUCUGAGAACAGUACAAGUUACCCUUUUGUAAGGGAAAUUUAUAUUUAUAAAGGAAGUCUCCAUU